UCGUUGGCUCUUGUCUUUGCUAACUUUUCCAACUCCUUCUCGGUACAUUCGGCAUCCUAUCAAAGAUCAGCUUGCAUUGGGCACACCGUAUAUCUUGAUCGAAUAUAUCAGUCCAUCGCGAGGCAAGAUGCUUUCUGACACCUGGGAAGAAGGGCGCCAUGAUCCCGAAUUACGCAGCAACCUCUUCCAUGGUCUCUCGCGCAUUAUAUUGACGUUAGCUCGCACUCCAUUGCCAAAAGUUGGUUCCUUUACUUUGGAUGAAAAUGGUUAUUUGAGGUUGAAUAACCGCCCGCUUACUCUUGAAAUCCAACAAUUGGAGAAUGAACAAAUUCCGGUUGAUAUACCGCGAAAUGUGACCCACACAACCGUUGACUCCUAUCUAAACGACAUGAUCGCAUUCCAUGAAAGUCGGCUCCGCCAUCAGCCUAACGCGGUCAACAGCCUGGAAGAUGGUUUCUAUCAGACAGCUGCAUUAAUGGUUAUGAAAAGCGUCUGGUCUUGCUUUUUUCGCCGAGAGUUCCUUCGAGGGCCAUUCUUUCUCAGCCUCACGGAUCUGAAUCAAUCCAACCUUUUUGUCGAUGACAAUUGGAACAUCACAUGCCUUAUUGACUUGGAGUGGGCUUGCUCUCAUCCAGUGGAGAUGAUUCAUCCUCCGUACUGGCUAACAAGCCAGGCCAUUGAUUUGGUGAACUCCGAUGAGUACAAGAAUCUUCACGCGGAGUUUAUGGCGGCUUUCGCCGACGAGGAACUACAAAUCAGACCGCCGAUCAGUCUUCACUCCGUGUUGCAGCAGGGAUGGGAGAGAGGGACGUUCUGGUAUGCCUUAGCACUCAGUAGCCCUACGGCGCUGUUCAGCAUAUUCUAUGAUCAUAUUCAACCGAUGUUUUCUAAGACGCACGAUGACCCAGCAUUUUGGCGAAUCACUAUGCCUUACUGGACGUUCAAUACGUUUUCAUUCAUCGAGCAAAGGGUGAAGGACAAAGAGGAAUACGAUGUCUCCUUGCGAGAGGCAUUUCAAUCAUGA